AUGGAUGAUGUAAAUGAGUACGAUCCUGCGCUUUACAUUGCUAUUCAGCAGAACGCUCGACGUUAUCAUAUGCUUUUUGGUGAUGUAAUCGAUUCUUUAAUCCAGCAAAAAUUGGGAGAGAGACAACCACCUGUUCGGGAUGCCUUGGACGCUUUCAUAUUUCAACGUGUCUAUUUGGAUAAAAAGCAAAAUGAAGAUGGUGGUGGAAUAGAUCAAAUCCAAGACUUGCGCAGAAAAUAUCCACCUCAGUUGCUUCGUCGAUUCGAAGUAUUUUUCAAGGGAAGCUCUAUGAGUAAAGCUUUGGCAAUACGUGAAGUAAAGGCAGCUCACAUCGGCAAAUUGGUUGUUAUAAGUGGCAUUGUUAUCCGAUCGACAGAAGUGAAACCAAUGGCUUCUGUCAUGACCUAUACUUGUGACACUUGUGGUUGUGAAACCUAUCAACCGAUUGCAGGGCCGGCAUUUAUGCCGCCAGUUAAUUGUCCAUCGAAAGACUGCGUUGAGAACAGGGCAAAUGGACGCCUGCAAAUGCAGAUUCGUGGAUCUAAAUUUAUGAAAUUUCAGGAAAUGAGAAUUCAGGAGCUUAGUGAACAAGUUCCUGUUGGUAGUAUACCACGAUCUUUGAUAGUAAAUGUUGUUGGCGAAAACGCAAGAGCUUGUGUGCCAGGCGAUGUUGUCCGGAUUACUGGUAUAUUUGCUCCUCUAAUGCGGACUGGUUUUCGGCAAUUUACUGGAGGCUUGACAACGGAAGUUUUUGUGGAAGCACAUCAUAUCGAAAAUAUCAAUAUGACCAGUGAAGAUAUCCUUGACGAGCAAUACGAACUGACAGAGGAGGAAAUUGAAGUAGUUUCGCAAGAUAAUUUCUACGAAUUAUUGGCUUACAGUAUUGCUCCUGAAAUCUAUGGACAUUUGGAUGUCAAAAAAUCAUUACUACUUGCUCUUGUUGGUGGUGUUGACAAAAAUGUCAGUGGAAUGAAAGUUAGAGGUUGCAUCAAUAUUCUUUUGAUGGGUGAUCCCGGUGUAGCGAAGUCACAACUUCUGUCGUACGUUGAUCGUUUGGCAGUUCGUUCUCAGUAUACAACUGGUCGAGGUUCUUCUGGUGUUGGUCUUACGGCUGCUGUAAUGAAAGAUCCUGUUACUGGUGAAAUGACAUUAGAAGGAGGAGCAUUGGUGCUAGCUGAUCAAGGCAUUUGUUGUAUCGAUGAAUUUGAUAAAAUGAUGGAUGCUGAUCGAACAGCCAUCCAUGAGGUCAUGGAGCAGCAAACAAUCUCAAUAGCUAAAGCAGGAAUUUUGACGACGCUAAAUGCUCGUGUUUCUAUUAUCGCUGCCGCGAAUCCGGCAUUUGGGCGAUACAAUCCGAAAAAAAGCAUCGAACAUAAUAUUGAUCUUCCAGCAGCACUUCUCUCACGUUUUGACCUUCUUUGGCUUAUUCAGGACCGACCGGAUCGUGAAAAUGACAAGCGUUUGGCAGAGCAUAUCACGUAUGUUCAUAUGAAAGGACGUGAACCAGAGAAGGAAGGAAUGAAACCGCUUGAUAUGAGUUUAAUCAGACGAUACAUUGCAAUAUGUAAACGAAAACAACCUAUUGUUGAAGAAAAACUGCGUGACCGAUUAGUGGAUAUGUAUGUGGAUCUUCGUAAGGUUGCACGGAAUAAUAAGAAUUCAAUAUUCACUUCGCCACGAAGUUUAUUGGCAGUUAUUCGACUGAGUUCAGCACUGGCUCGUUUGCGCCUUUCAGACGUGGUUCAAUCUAGUGAUAUAGAUGAAGCAGUUCGUCUUCUGGAGGCUUGUCGAGCUUCGAUCAAUACAGAACAAUUAAAACAACGUGAGAUUCCUCUUCUUGACCAGGCAUUUGCCGUCAUUCGUGACCUGUAUCACAGCAUCAGUGAUAAUGAGGAUCGUUCACUUCCACUACAGGCAGUAUUUAAAAGGUGUUUCGCUAAGGGAAUCUCGGAGGAAGUUGUGCAGCAAUGUAUUAACACUUAUACUGCUAACGGUGUUCUCAUGCUUGAUCGACAGCAACGAAUUAUUUUCACUGUUGCUUAA